AUGAUGGAUGAAAGUUUCAACGAAAAAGAAAGAAGACUUAUUCUCCAAGGAGCCAGUUCAUACUUUGAUACAUGUUGACGAUAACCAUCUUCCCAAAGUCAACUUAGGCUUUCCUACUUUCAUAUACGCCAGUGCCAAGCGAAGCGGCUUGUGAAAUUACAAAAAAAAAGCAUACAGUGUCUACUUACAUAUACAACGAUCCACAAUCUCUACUUCUUGCCAAAGAUCCCUCCCUUUUUAGGCAAAUCUUGUUGAUUUUGGAGAUGGAAAACGAGUACAGCCUCAUGCAAUUGAUUAACAGUAAAGGAGAUUUCAAUGUGAAAGGGGUUGAUGAAUUCAUGCAGAAAACAGGGCUAUCUAAGUGCGGCCUCUCUUAUGCUGUGGUUGCCAUCAUGGGACCCCAAAGUAGCGGGAAGAGCACCCUUUUAAAUCAUCUUUUCGGUUCAAAUUUCAGAGAGAUGGAUGCAUCCAAAGGAAGGAAUCAAACCACUCAGGGAAUUUGGAUGGAAAAGUGUGCUGGCGUAGAACCUUUCAUAAUUGCCAUGGAUUUGGAGGGUAAUGAUGGCAAUGAAAGAGGCGAGGAUGACACUGCAUUUGAGAAACAAAGUGCUCUAUUCGCUUUGGCUAUUGCUGAUAUUGUGAUAGUAAACAUGUGGUGUCACGAUGUUGGUCGGGAGCAUGGGGCCAACAAACCUCUUCUAAGAACAGUUUUUCAGGUUAUGAUGAGUUUAUUCAGUGCUCGGAAAACAACAAUGCUAUUUGUAUUACGUGAUAAAACUAAGACCCCUCUUCCCCUUUUAGAGCAAACUCUGAAGAAGAAUUGUGAAAAGAUAUGGGAUUCAAUUCCUAAACCUGCAAACCAUAUUGAUACUCUCCUGAGUGAUCUUUUUAACGUGGAGGUCACUGCUUUAUCAAGCUAUGAAGAAAAGGAGGAGCUAUUCAAAGAGGAGGUUGCUGGAUUGAGGAGGCGAUUGCUCGAAUCUAUUUCUAGAUCAGGACUUGUGGGUGAUAGGCAAGGUGUUGUUCCUGCAUCUGAAUUUUCUUUUAGUGCACAGAAGAUAUGGAAAAGUAUAAAAGAGAACAAGGAUCUGGAUCUUCCUGCUCACAAGGUAAUGGUUGCAACAGUUCGUUGUGAACAGAUUGCCAAUGAGAAACUCCAUCAGUUUUUGUCUAAUAAGGAUUGGUUAGCAUUGCAAAUGGCAAUUCAAUCCAGGCCGGUAUCCGGUUUUGGAAACAAGCUGAGCUCUAUCUUAGAAACCUAUUUUUCAGAAUAUGACAAGGAGGCAUUCUACUUUGAUGAAAAUGUCAGAAAUGAAAAACGAGAACAACUGAAGUCAAAAGCUUUUAACAUUCUGCGUCCUCUUUACCUUAAGUUGUUGGGACAUUUACACUCGAAGGCACUGGAAAAUUUUAAGUCUAGACUGGAACAUAAGCUGAGCAAAGAAGUAGGAUUUGCAACUUCUGCCAAGUCCUGUAUCAAUUCUGUAAUGCUCGAGUUUGACCAAGCAUGUGCAGAUGCCUCCAUCAGACAGGUUAAUUGGGAUACUUCUGAAGUUCGGAAAAAACUGUCCCAAGAUAUUGAUUCAUACAAAUCAUCGGUUUUUGAAGAAAUUUUGUCAAAAGUGAAAGUUAGAUAUCAGGAAGCACUUGAUAAAGCACUAUCUAAACCACUAGAUUCCCUGUUUGAACUUCCUAAUGGAGAAACCUGGGCUUCAAUAAGAAAGCUUCUUUCAAGCGAAAUUGAUAUUGCACAAUCCGGACUGUUAGCCGACAUUUCUGGUUUAGAGUUAGAAGUAGAGAAACGCAACAAAAUGAUACAAGAUUUGAGGGACUAUGCCAGAAAUAUGGUGGAAAGAAAAGCAAGAGAAGAAGCUAGAAAAGUUCUCCACUCAAUGACGGUUAGGUUCUCAACCAUCUUGAAUAAUGCAAAGAAAAAGGACUCAAAAAAAAUUAUUGGGGAUGGCUACACUGAGGUAAUUUUCUUAGCUAUUUGA